GACCCAAAUCGGCCGCCCCACUCUCUAGAUUCUUCCUCUGGCCUCUCUCCCUCUCGUCUCUCUUCUUCUCUUCCAGAGAAAAGAAGACCAAACCCUAGCCACACAAAAAAAAAAAACGCCGAUGUCACUCUCUUCUUCUCCCUCUCUCUCUCUUUCAUUUUAUAUGCUGCUCAUCCUCUUUUUCUUCCCCAGAAACACGAACUAGCAAAAAAAAAAAAAAACAAAGAUGAACAAAACCCUAGCUCUUUCAAUCGCCUCCAACCUUCUCCUUCCCCCUCUCAAAACCGACUUCCCAUCUCCCGAAUCCAAAAAUCGAACAAAUACCUAAACGAAAGAUGCGAAUCCCCUUCGCCUCUCUCUCUCUCUUUCUCUUACAUUCUGGUGGCGGCGAGGAAAAACAAAGGAAGAUUCAAGCGACGGCGAGCAAGGAGGGCCGCCGACGGUUGAUGAUGACGGGGACGAAGGGAAAGGAAAAAAAGGCGACGCGAACCAGAGUAGGGAGGCUAUUUGCUCCUAUCUAGGUUUACGGGUUAACUUUGGGAGUUUGGCGGCAGGUCUCGUCGGCGAGCUGCGACAAGCCGACGACGGCAAGGUGGGUUCUGCUGCAUUUUAUUCGCUUUCUAUUACUCCACUUUGCUUGGAAACUUUGUAUGAGAACAGAAAUAGAAAAGGGGAAAGAUGAAAGAUGGAAGUUUGGCUGGAUGGUUUAAUUAACGUUUCUUCAUCUUGUGAAAUAAAGGGCUAAUACCACUACUACACCCGAACUAUGACAAAAAUGCCACUUGUGUCCUAUUCUUUUCAAUAUUCCAUUUAUGUCCUUUUGUAUGUUCCUUUUUGUCAUUUAUGUCCUCCCGAUUUUGUUGACCAUUAAAGAUAACGGUUGACCAGACAGAGGUCAAACUUUUGUUGACUUCUCCUGACAUGGCAAAGCAUG